AUGGAUGAAGACAACAGGACCUUGUCUCAUGACUUUACCCUCGUUGGGCUCUUCACACAUAGUAAAGCCCCAGGCUUCCUUUUUAGCUUUAUUUGUGUCAUCUUCUUCCUGGCCAUCAUAGCUAAUGGGAUUAUGAUCUUCCUAAUCCACAUAGAUCCUCAUCUCCAUACUCCCAUGUACUUCUUACUUAGUCACCUCUCCUUCAUUGAUAUGAUGUAUAUCUCCACAAUUGUGCCUAAGAUGCUGGUUGAUUUUAUUUUGGGCAAUGGUACAAUCUCUUUCAUUGCAUGCACAGCUCAGUAUUUUCUUUAUAUGGGCUUUGUGGGGGCAGAAUUCUUCCUGCUAGGACUCAUGGCCUAUGAUCGCUAUGUAGCCAUCUGCAACCCCCUCCGCUACCCUGUUCUCAUGAGCCGAAGAGUCUGUUGGAUGAUCUUGGCCAGCUCUUGGUUUGGAGGUGCUUUGGACAGUUUCCUCCUCACUCCCAUCACCAUGAGCCUCCCUUUCUGUGCCUCACACAAAAUCAACCAUUUUUUCUGCGAGGCACCCACCAUGCUGAGAUUGGCUUGUGGUGACAAAGCAGCUUAUGAAAUGGUGAUGUAUGUUUGUUGUGUCAUGAUGCUGCUAAUCCCCUUUUCUGUGGUGAUUUCAUCAUACGCCCGGAUUCUCAUUACAGUGCAUCACAUGAAGUCAGCAGAAGGGAAAAGAAAGGCUUUUGCCACCUGUUCAUCACAUAUGAUGGUGGUGACACUAUUCUACGGGGCUGCUUUAUACACUUACAUGCUCCCCCAGUCCUAUCACACCCCAAUCAAAGAUAAGAUCUUCUCUGCUUUUUACACCAUUCUCACUCCCUUAUUAAAUCCUGUGAUCUAUAGUCUGAGGAACAGGGAUGUGACUGGGGCCUUGAAGAGAGUUUUGACAAGAUGCAGUGGAGUCUAUGGGGAACCAAGAGCAGAGCUCUGA